UUCAGAUACGAACUGGUCGUGACACAUUCACAUUUCGGAAUAAUGAGCGCUGCCAGUAUUUUGGAGUUGCAGACUUGGAUUGUGUACCAAAGGAUUGCGAUAGAAUGUGCAAACUGUCUGUAAACCCUGAACACGACGCGGAAACAGAGCUGUUUUAAGUUUGCUCCAUUCCGUGUGACGCUUAGUCAUUGUAACUGCUGUUAAAAGCACACUUGUGUCCCAUACAAACAUUCCUGCCGGGGAACAUAAUCUUCCCUAUAGGGGAUAUUCGCCGCACUUCCGCUUGCUGGAUUACUUUUCAAUCCUUGCCAUAACGAAACGGUUACAGUUUCCCAUAAAGAGGCGCCACCACCUUUCCAAACGAUCCAACUACUCUACCAGCUGAAAGUGGUGUAGAAUUUGCUUUCAACAUUUCUUUUUUGCCGCUAUUAUAUGGUGAUUGAUGGAGCACACGAGCGCUUAGACAAGUACAUCUCGCACACGUUGUAGAAGAAAGAACAGGACCGCAAGAAUCGAAUUAUCGAUUGGUCGAGAAGUAGAACGAAAGGCCAUCAGCGGAUUAUUUUCGACGACGACGGAGUUUGGGACCUAAUAGCCAGCACAGCUAACAAGAAAAUACCAAUGAAUGCCUGCUGCUGGUGGAGAAAUUUAUAACCAGAAAAAGAAGAAAAAAAGUCAUAUGCUAUAGAACGCUCAAACUCAUCCAACAGCUAGCACCGGAUAUACCAAAGAAGAAAAAAAGGAACUGCUAGACGACGACAACAUCUAAGCUGAGAGAGCCUUUCGAUCCGGCGCGCGACCUUUUCAACUACCUAACUUGUCAUCCGCACACCAUCUGCCAUUGAAACACGCCGGUGCUGGUUUAUUAUUUGAUUUUUUUUCCUACUUCCUCCGUUGGUGAUCAAAAUAGAAGAUGCUUCAUUCAGUUAUGACGGAUAAUGCGUUCAAAGCAAAGGACAUCGGCCUACGAGCGCAGAAGAAAAUUCUGUCCCGGAUGGCAUCUAAAAACGUGGCCAAGGUUUUCAUCGAUGGAACGACAGCUUCCCUUUUGGACAAUGUCUACAGGUUAGCGAAAACUCAUGCGGGCAACAAGAAGGAUGCCGAACGUCUAGUGAAAAGUAUAAUAAAAAUUGUUAUAAAAAUUGCCGUCCUACACCGCAAUGGCCAGUUCAGUGCCGAGGAAUUGAAGUUAGCCGACAAAUUCCGAGCCAGGUUCCAAACCUUACAGAUGGCAAUAAUCUCCUUCUACGAGGUGGACUACAGCUUCGAUCUCAACUAUCUGCUCAAAUCGCUCCAGGAGGUGCACGAGCUGCUGAAAUCCUGCGUCGAACGACAUCUGACGGACAAAUCGAUCAACCGCAUCAACGAAGUGUUUAGCUUUUUCAGUGAUCCCUCGCUGCUGGAAACUUGCUUCCGGCAGGAAUCGCCCUACAAGGAUAUUAUGGACAAAAUCAUUGCUGAUAUGAACAAAGCCAUGGAAAAUGGAGAUAUUUAAUAGCACUCUUGAAUGUAGCGUCCUAAACGAAACACACAAACAAAUUUCACUCAGUUGCCGUAAUAUAAGUGAACACAGAGAGCUUUCUUCGAGAUAAAUAAUCCCUUCUAGAACGUUAGGUUUAGAAUAGCGCCUUUCCGAAGAACGAGCUAAAAUUUGGCACACUCGGUUAGAAGAAAAAAAGAAACAACAGAAAUAGCUAAAGCAAACAAUGCGAUUUCUUCUAGGCUCAAAAAUUAAGUUGAUUAAUUUUCUUAGGUAAAAUGUUACAAAGACUACUGCUUGCCGGUAAAGUUUCAGUUGGUUCAAGACUAAAUUAUUGUGAACACUAUUAUGUUAUAAAUUAUUUAUACUCGAAUUAUACAGCUUUUAGGAUAGACAUUUAACUUUCAUGCUAGAUCACACUCAAAGAAAAAAAAACUAUUAGUCAUUAUCGCAUCAUUAAGUUUAGUACCGAGUUUUGAUAAACAAAUGCUUCAUUCAUGUUGGCAUUUUGAAGGUGCGUCUAAUUUUGAAUGUAGAUGUAUCUAUAGCAUCAAUUAUUCGCACAAAUUUCGGCCUACAAUUUUCUUGGUAAAUAUUGCUAGUUCUCCGAACAAACAUUUACGUUGUGCCACUAUUCUAAUUACAUCACACUCUUAAAAAAACGAAAUGCUAAUUUUGCCAACGCUCGGCUGCUACCGUCAAAAUUCCUUAUCUAAGUCAUAAUAAUAUAUGUAUGUAUUUAGAAAAUAUGUGCAACACUUUCCAUAUCAAUGAAGCUGGAAAAAAUCAGCAAGAUUCAUACUCAGACAUGUGUACUUAAUAAACAAAAAACCCUCUAAUAUAAUGUUAAAAACUCAAGUUUAUGUUUUCCUACACAAUUGAUGGGCUCAUAGGAUUUCACAAGCUCCCGAUUUUGUGGAUAUAUCAUUUUCAGCACGCACUGCGAUUGCGAAUUUCCGAAUACGUAACCUGGAACUCAAAAUUUACUAAAAUAUCAGAGGCGAGUGUCUCAUCUCUAGUUAGAAUAGUAUCCAGUACCAAUCCAUAUACACACAGAGAUAGAAAACAACUAUCACAACAAAAGUUAUGAUGCUCUAAAAUAGUGACACAAAAAUAAAUAGUUGCCUUUUCGAUCUAUAUAUUGAAUCACAAUAUUACACAUCAGAUGAAAAAGAAGUAUAUUACAUAUUGGUUGAUAGUUGGAACAAGAUAAUCGAUCCUUUCCACAAAGUUUAUGGAACGUGUUAGCGAAAACAAAGGAAGAUUAGAAAAAGCUAUGUGAAAUGAAACGAAAAUAAUGUUCGUCAUGUUUGUAGCUGAUUAAGAUAUUUAUUGUAUUGUAAUGUAUUGGCGUUGGCUUUAGAAAAUCAAAAACGAAAAAACAACAAACAAAAAAAGAUCACAAUGAUAUUUCGAAACGUGUGAAAGUAAUAAAUAAGCGAAUGGACACGAAAACUAAGAA